AUGUCGCCCCAGUGCCACGGUUGUUGCGAACGCGGAAGGGACCCACACAUCGAAGACUACAUCCCGUGGAACGGUGUGAUGCGCAUCCUAAACGCAUACCAUGCGUACCUCUAUCCUCUGAUGCCGAUCGUCCAUUGGCCCACCUUUGUUCAGCAGCUCGUCGCCCGGCACGAUGAACGCGACCGGCGAUGGCGAGCGUUUGUGUUUUCCUUGCUGGCAUACUCCAUUGUCCAACUACCACGGGCUACGCUGUCGUUUUUGGACAUUACGGAAUGUGUGCGACUCCACCAGGAGUGUUUUGCAUCGUCCAAGGCGUUGCAGAACUGGAGUUUGAAGGACAUUGCCAUCAUUGAUAUUGCCACCCUGUACUGCCAGCACAUCUAUCUGGCCACGAUCAUGCGAAAGCACCUUGCCAACACCACACUCACCAAGGCGAUCCGGUUAAGCUUCGAGUUGAAGUUGCACCUGGACGAGCCCCCGCCAGGAAUCGACAGUGUGGAACAAGAGGUGCGCCUACGCAUCUUCUGGUUACUCUACGGAUCUGACAGGACCAUCACCGUUCUGGACGAAAGCUUCAUGCUCAUCUCGGACGGAGACGUAACUGCGCCCUAUCCAACGGCAGUCGACGAUGAGCCUGUACCACCUGGUCUCUUGGAUUUGUUGAAUGCUCCCUCCCUGUCGUCAUCGGUCUUCACCGAGUCGUUCAACCGCAUCCUCGACGACCUGCCACACGAACUGCGAUGGCAAGUGGGCACCGACUACACCCCAGUCGGCGGCGACGGCAAAGUUGGCAGCGACGCAUUUGCAAUCUGCCGUGUAAACUUGUUAAUCACCCAGGCCCUCAUACGGAGCGCUAUCCAGCAGUACGCUUUUGCAAAUGGAGAGGAUGACGCCGCGUUGCAUGUCUCCCCGCGCAAACUUGUCCUCGACAUGCUCGACUCGAUGUCCACCGAGAGUCUCACUGCCAACGGCGACUCGUUGCGCAUGAAGGUGCUCUACUUUUUCUUGUCCGAGACACAGCAGCAGCCCGGGGCCCAAGAUGCCAGCACCACGCCGUCGUAUAACUUUGAGCUCCUCUCACAGUACCUUCGCUUGCGAGAGCAACAGGAAGCGAAUAUUCUACAUGAGGCCGCCAACAGCUCAGAAGGUAGCCGAGCCGCAUCGCCGUCCGUUGCACCCGAGACUACCUAG